GCCAUCUCCGGUGAACUGCAUGCCAAGAUCAGAGAGAUAAGCCAAAAUUGAAGUCGGAAGUGACAGGAUUUGUUUUGCAUUUUAUGCCUUUCCUUUCUUUUUCCCAAAGCAGGUAAAAGAAUUAUCGUAGCAUGAUGACAUUGUCCAUUGAUCAAGUACUGUGUGAUGCAAGAAGGCUGGUUGAAAGGUUGAAAGAACACGACAGUGCUGCUGAUCAUCUUAUUCAAGAAACUACAACUCUGAACAAGAAAAUUGAAGUCAUGAAAGAGUACCAAGAGGAGAUCGAGGAGAUGAACAACAUCGCACGCCACCGGCCCCGCUCCGCCCUGAUCCUUGGGAUCCAGCAGGAGAACAGACAGAUCAGGGAGCUGCAGAAGGAGAACCAGGAGCUGCGGGUGGCCCUGGAGGAGCAUCAGUCGGCCCUGGAUCUGAUCAUGAGCAGCUACCGGGACCAGGUCUCGAGGCUGGUCAACGCGAACCAGGCUGAGAGGGACAACAUGAUUGCUAAUAAGAAGACGAUGGAGUUUGAACAGGACCCAGCCGUUUCCUCGGUUGAGAAGAUCAUCGAGAUGGCUGCCGUCAUGCAGCGGGCCAUCGACGUCGACGAGCAGAGCUCCUACGACGUCGAGGAAACCCUGGCGCGACUUCAGAUGGAGAACCGUGGCCUUCGAGAACUGCUGCAGAUCUCCAGGACAACCCAGGCGAGGCACGCACCCACCUACAGCAGGGAGGGCAGCGAGGACUUGGGAGAGAGGGAAAAGGGCAACGAAGAGGACGGGGAGAAGGAAAACGAUACGAGCGAGAGUGACAGUGAUAGAGACACGCCGGUCAUACACGACACAACUGUCAUAGAAAUGGAUAAGAAUGGUGUUCCGUUGAAAUGAUGUUGGCAGAUUCUCUCAAAUGAACUAGGGUGAAAAUCCCUCGUGAUGAAAACUGCACAAGGAUGAACUCUAUGUGUGACCAAGAAUGGAUACAUCCUGCAUAGCUGUAAUUGUAUUAUAUUAGAGUGUGCCCCACCCAGGGUUGGGCUCAAUUACAAGGUAAUUGAUCAAUUGCAUAAUUACUUACAUUUUUUUUUAGUAAUUGUAAUUGUAAUUAAAGUUUUGAAUGGGAAAUAAUUGGAUUGUAAUUGAAAAAAAUGUAAUUGAUUUCAAUUACUUUUAAUUACAUUCAAUUACUUUACAAUAAACUUAACACUCAAUCCUUAUUAAACUGGGGGGGGGGGGUCAAUUUGACCCUCAACUCGACAAAUUUCAUCACUACGCCGUCGCGCAAAGUUUUUUGAUCGCGCCGCUCACUGACUUUUUACUUUCAAAUCUUGCACAUCUUUUGAGACCAAAAUUGCGACGCCCGGGGACGCGGUUCUGAAAUUACGCAACAUUUUGUAAGUGCAUGUCAGACCCGAAAUUGCUCAAAAACGUGAUUCCGUGUACAAAGUCAAUGCAAAUUGUGUUUUUUAACAAAAAAUCAUAGAUGUAUGAUUAUUUUCACUUUUGUUGGUUUAAAUGGAUUUAUUUUAUGCUAUUUAUGAUCGUAUAAGGGUCCCCGACAAAGUUCAUUGGAAAAAACAAUAAAAAACAAAGGUUUGUAAAAACAAAGAAAUACAUAAGAAUUAAAAAAACAAUAAAAUACAUAAGAAAUUAAUUAUAUUUUUGCAAUUUUUUUGUAGAUAUUUGUUAAAAAUGUAAUAAUUGAUAGUCCAACCAAAAAUUAGCAUUCUACUAGCUAUAUAAAUUGAGUUAAAGGCAAAAACACACACAAAAAACAAAAUUUAUCAUACGCUUAUUUGCAUAAUUAAUUAAUCAAAAAUAUAAAGAAUAAAUAAAAAAUAAAAAUUUACCAUACAGUCUUGUAGUUUACAUCCGGCUCUACGCGCGUGCAAAUUUUUGCGGCGAUCGCGCGAUCAGCGGCCGAGAUCUGAGGGGGGUGAAAUUGCCCCCCCCCCCCAGUAUAUACUGGUCUGAAAUAGCCCAGUUAAGAUAGGGUUAACUUGUGAUUUAAUUUCAUGACCUUUUUUAUGUCAACUGCUUCUGGCUCAAAGAGGGAAACAGGCAGAAUCCAUUCUCUUUUAAGUUUCUCUGUAACUUAGAAUUAUGUUGAAAAUAGGUGGUAAUGUGUACAGAAUAAAAGUGAUUUCAGUUAUGACUUUCCUAGAAAGUAAUUGAAAUUGUCAUUGACAAAAGUAGUUUGUAAUUGUAAUUGAAAAAAGGAAAAGUAAAUGUAAUUGAACAUUUCUUCAAUUACAUAAUUGUAAUUGUAAUUGAAGAAAGCAGCUGAGCCCCCCCCCCCCCCUGGCCCCCAACCCUCCCCCCUCCAGAGACAGAAACCCUUUGUCCCAACCAUAUCGAUAGAGAUGCCAGUCUUUAGAUUCUUUGCCAGAUUUCGGGUCCUGCAACUCCCCUACUUCUGGGGCCCCGUUUCAUAAAACUUGUUAUAAUAACAAUUUGCAAUAACAGUUUAAAGCUACUGAAAUCCGCGAAUCUGAUUGGUUGAUAGUACAUUUGCUAUUGAAAUUGUGCAUUUGUUAUUAUAACAAGUCUUUAUGAAAUGGGGAACCUGGUAUUUAUUUAUUUUUUUAUCGUGCAGCACAUAUGGUGCUAUUAGAUGUUAUGGGCCCCGUCUUACAAAGAGUUAAGAUUGAUCCGAUCAAUCGUAACUCUAUGGAAAUCCAUCAGUGUCAAAAAAUUUUCUUCGAAAAAUUUGCACUAUGUCCUUUGUAUGCAAAGAGAAGCGCAGUGAAUUUUCAAGAAAACAAUGAAGGCAUGAAUAUACAUCAUAGCUAGAAAUUAUUUUGAACAAACUGUGCAUAAUAUAUGUUGACGUUGCUGGCCGUCCAUAGUUACGAUUGAUCAGAUUAAUCGUAGCUCUAUGUGAGACAGGGCCCUGGUUUGUGAAAGCAUUGUGGUGUAGCGGUUCUGACUCUCACCUUGUAAUCAUAGGCUCGUGUGUUCAAAUCCCACCAUGGCCUAAUGUCCUUUGGCAGGGCGUUAAUCCACACUUUGCCACUCUUCACCCAGGUGUUAAAUUGGAACCUGGUAGGAUGCAAAAGCCUAUGUACAGGUAGUCUGCAGGAACAGACCCUGAUUGAAACUUUGAUCAGCAAGUGUGUCUCCAUGCAAAGACUAGCACAUACAUGUACAAACCUUGCUGUUUCAGAGGGCCUUCAGUACAGAAGGCAUGAGUAGGCUGCACAUUCAGACCCUUAACUCGAGUGAAGGGUUUGCACAGCAGACUAAUGUACAUACAGGUAGUAUGCUGAGUUGAGUCUUGGAACUCUUGCUGGAAUGCUCCCCAGGGAGUGGAGAAAGUGCAUGUAGGGUUGAUAAUAAUUACUUGUGAGUGAUAAAAAUGCAAAGUACUAUGUUAUUAUUAUUAAUUUUUUCAAAGUUUUUGGAAUCCAUUUUAUUCUAGUUUAAUUUCUCUCUUAUAGUAUAAUUUGAGUUGUUUCGCAGAGCUUAGCCUUAAAUAGGAUGAGGUGACCAGUAUUAGUGAGGAAGCAACUCUUAUAAAAUUGUUUUAAUUAUUGGAAAAUAUUUUGGGUUAGGUAUAAAAAUGGGGUUCUUAUUUAAGGGUUGUAGAAAUUAUUUACCUGAGAAAAUUUGAAUUACAGCUGCUUGACCAAUAUUUAUUCACCCCUAGCAAUUAAGAAAUUUUGAGUGAGGUAUAAAAUUGGGUCCUUAUUUAACUGUUUUAGAAAUGAUUUACCUCAGAAAAAUCAAAUGGCAGCUGCGUGACUAAUCUUUUUUCACCCCACACGGCAUACUGUCAUGUCAUUAUACAUCCAUCAGUACAUUGCCAAUUCGUCUAUUGCCAUCUCGUCAACUCAUCACAUGCUCUAACUCCAUUUAGUCUAAUGCCAUUCCGUCAACAUUUCGUCUAACAAUCAUUUGGUCCAGUAACUCUUUGGUCCAAUCAUCACUUCGUCGAAUCACCAGUUCGUCUAUAAUCAUUUCGUCUGAUAACCAGUUGGUCUAAUAUCCAUUUUAUUUUCAUUCAUUUAGCCCAAUUAACACUGUCCAAUUUGACCAAAUGGUAUGUGGACUAAAUGGCUAUUGGACCAACUGGUUAUUAGACGAAAUGGUGAGUGAACAAAAUGGCAAUUAGACCAUGUUGUAAUUGGACGAAUUGGCACUAGACCAUUUGGAAUAUAAUCCCAUCUAUCUUGUCCCAAAAUCUUUCUAUUGUCCCACGAUCAUUGUAUUGUCCAUUUACCUUGUAUGUAAAGCGCACACUAUUUUUUCCUGGAUCUUUAUGUAUACAACUGUACAAAUGGUGUAGACUGAAUAUAAUGAAUUGUACAUUAAAACUUUUUAGAAAAAAACAAGAUAAAAA